AUGGUCGCCAUUGAGGUUCCCGCCGAGUAUGGCUACGUCCUCUUCUCCGUAGUCUCCACCUUCCUCACAGGCACCAUCCUCGGCUUUCGCGUCGGCUCCUUCCGCAAAGCCGCCAAAGUCCCUUACCCCUUCGAAUACGCGUCGUACGAACAAGUUCAAACCGCUCCCGCAGAACGCAAAGCCCAACUCCUUGCCUUCAACGCGGCACAACGCGGGCACCAGAACUUCGGCGAGAACCACCUUGCCACUGUAGGCUCACUGUUGAUCUGCGGACUGUCGCAGCCGAAGGUGGCCGCUGGACUGGGCGUAUUUUGGAGUGUGAACAGGAUAUUGUAUAGCAUUGGGUACACGAAUUGGAAUCAGAAUGGGAAGGGGAGGUACGCCGGAGGAUUGGGAAUGCUGACGCAGUAUGGUCUAGUCAUCUGGGCGGGUGUUGUGUCUUGGGGAUUUGCGACCAAAUAG